AUUUUUUGUCAAUUUAUGAGCAAAAAUAUCGAAAGAGUUUAAUUCUUGAACAAUCAAAAUCUAAAUAAAGCGAAAUAAACUUUUUCGAUAAUCAAUCGAUAAAAUGAUCUUUUUGAAAGUUUGUGAAAGUUUGUAAUUGUUUGGAUUAUUUCGGUGGUGUUGAUUAUUGGAAACUACAAACGAGAAUAAUGAGCCUAAAGAGAGAAAUGAGAUUAAUUAGAUGAAUGAAAUUAACGAGAAUUAAAAAAAGAAAAAGAGUUGAUAUUGUGUCCCCUUGAUGUCGCUACAUUUGCAUGGAAAAAGGGGAAGUGAAUCGGUUGGUCGAGGGGAAAGAAGAGAGACUAAGGUAACACUUUGAGAGAUUGAGAUGUUUUUAUUUUCUGUCUUUUGGCCAACUGUUAAUUCACUUGGUGUUUCAUUGGUAUUUUCGGCAAGUGUAGCGGUCACAAUUCGGAGCGACUUUUAAUCAGUGACCAUGUCCUCAGACCUUCGUCACCGACCUGUGAAAGAUCAAAGUGAAGAUGAUGAUGAUGAGAAAAUGACUGACAAGAUUUUGGAUUAAUUUCAGUGAGACCAUGAGAUUAACAACUAAUCUGCAUUAAUUAGAGACAUGAUAAUCAAUUCUGAUAGAGCGAAGUGUCUUCCUUUUUGAAAUAUUUCAUCGAAUUUGUUAAUUGUACUCUCGUGUAUUUUGUGGCUUUAUUUGGAUUUGCUAAUUAGUUGAUAGUAUCGCUGAAAUGACCAGUUCAUCAGCAUUCCGCUCUCGAUCGUACAAGAUCAAAGAGCCUCCAGUUGUCGACGAAACAGCGAAAAACGAUGAUUCGACGGAAAGUUCUAAUAAGUCAACUUGUGAUUCGCCAAGUUCAACACGUGUUAGUUGGAAGUCUACGAAGAUUUUUAGCCGAACUUUAUCUUCAAUCGAAGUGAUUAGAGCGAUGAAAAGUAAUAAACAUAACAACAGCUCGAAUAGCAAUUCACACAAUCACACACCAGCUCUUUCGCCCACUCGAUCAUCGAUAAUUGUAACAGCUACAGGAGAUUCUGCCACAUCGACAACAUUAGCACCAGUUAUCAAAAGUUCAUCUCGUCAUCAACAUGAAGGAAAUUCAUACAUCAUAAAAGAUGAUCCAUCUUCAUCAUCAUCAGAAACGAAAUCCAGUAUUGUCAGAACUCGAUCAGGUAAUAGUAAAGCAGCUUCUGAAUGGAAGGUGUUGAAAAAUAAAUUGGCCUCACUUCGUAAGCGAUCAACGGGCGGAGGAAGCGAUGAAAGCUCAACUACUUCAAUUAGUCCUGGUCCUGGAGAUGAAAGCGAAGGUUCCGGACGCCGAUUGUCAUCCAACUCUCGAACUGGAUCAGCGCGAACAAGUCGAUCUGGAAGUCAAGAUGAAGGAAUAGUUUGUAAACGUGAAGAUUUGAUCAAUCUACUAACCGAAGCCACUAAAGUAGCAUCAACAUCCAAUUCACCAGUAACUCUUUCAUCAACAACUUCACCAACAUUAACAACAUCAUCACCUUUUAACACUUCACCAUCAUCUUCAUCAACAGCAACUCCGACAGCAACAAUUAAACCCUCAAUCAUCAAAUCAGAUCCACCGAGCGGUAAUGUAUCACCAACAUCAAUCGGACCCCGAAAGGUUAUCCUGAAAACCUCAUCCAUCUCUACUAAUACAGUUCAAUUAGCUGAUCAACAAUCAAUUGACGCAACACGUAAAUUAGUAAAAAAGAGUGCGCUUAAGAAAAACCCAUCAGCUGAUUUGAAUAACAAUUCAAAUAGUAAUAAUCAGAAUAAUAGUAAUUCAAGACCCAAUUCAUCAGCUGAUAAUAGUUCAACAAACGAUUCCCUUGGAUUUAUUGAGACUCGAAUUGUUGUUCCUUCGAAACCAACGCUCAAAUUUGAUCUUUCUCAUGAAAAUCGACAUGAGACACCAAAGAAUCGUUCAGGUCGGGGAAUACAAUUUAAAGACCACCACGAUAAUAAUUCUAGAAACACAACUGAUUUUAAUUCAUCGAUAACUGUAACAAGUUCACCCUCCCCAAUAUCAGCAACGACAACAACCACAGAUAACGAUCUGGCUUCAGAUAAAAAAGUUCUGACUGAAUCAACUGAGAAUCAAGAUGACUCAGAAUCACCAUCUUCCUCAUCAGUGGCUGCAGUUAAAUGGGACGAAUCCAAUGUCGUUGAUGCCAUGAUGUUGGGCGAUGCGAUUCAAGCCUUUCUCAAGGGAAUGGAAGCCUCUGUACAAAAGCCUACAGAGAAGCGAGUCUUUUUCAAGAAACAAUCCUAAUUGUUGAUCACAAUUUACUUAAUCACUAACGAAAUCAUAUCCUUCCUUUGAUUCCUCCGAAUUGAUGAAGUUAAGACCAAAAGCCAUUCCAAAGUAUAUUAAAUCAGCAAUGAAAUUCACUAACAUAUCAUGGAAACUAAUCAUCAACAAUUAAAUCAACUGUCUAUCUGUUAAAUUACCCUUUUCCUUUUGUCAAUUUAAAUUGUAAUUUAUUUGGUAUAUUGUCAUUGUUAACACUCAAUCGUUUAGUAAUCAUGUUUCAUUCAAUACUCAAAUUAUUGUAAACUGUUAAAUUGAUAAUUAAUUAAUUGUGUCAAGUGAGUCAAUAGUAAAUAAUAAUUAUAUUGAUAAAUUAAAUGUUUCUGUUUUGGCUCCAAUUUGUAUUAAUACUCAGAAUUAAAUCAUAUCCAAAACUUUUAA